GGCGAGCCGCCGCGCGUGCGCGGCCUCGACAAGCUGGAGCAGCUGGAGAAGGAGCUGGGCGCCGCGCAGCAGGAGCUCAAGCUCAAGGACGAGGAGGUGGCCAAGCUGAACCGCAUCCGGAACGAGAUCGAGGCCGAGAUGGAAGAGCUGACGGCCAGUCUUUUCCAGGAAGCACACAAGAUGGUGCUGGCGGCGAACGAGAAGCAGGCCGCGGCCGAGAAGGCGCUUCAGGAGGCCACCAUGAAAAUCGACGUGCUGCAGGCUGAGGUGGCCGCGCUCAAGACGCUGGUCAUUACGUCCACGCCCAGCCGACCCAACGCCCACCUGCAUCCACAGAUUGACCUGGGCAAGUCAAAUGGCAUCAAGAUAUUCAAGAAGGGCCACCACCGUUCGCCGUCGAACCAGGAGCUGACGCGGCCGGACGCGUCGCCGCCCGACUCGCCGGCCCGCUCGCCGCCACACCACCCGGCCGCACCCGAACACAUUGACGAGGUGGACCCGCGCCUCCUCUCUGACGUGUCGGCGUGGCGCGAGAGGCCUUCGCUGGAGCUGACGGCGCCCUUCCUCUCGGACGUCUACCGCGAGGACAUCGAGCCGUGCCUGCGGUUCGCCAGCGACCUGCUGACCGAGCAGGUCACCAGCGCUGUCCUCCAGAACUCGGUGUGCAUCGAGGACGUAUCCACGGGCAUCCGCGGGCCCAACUUUCCCAGCAGUGACGAUUCCAGGCGGUGCGCCCUGCUCAACGUGCACAGGACGUGCCGCUACCGCAUGAAGCUGCCGUGCCGGCCCGACUGGAUGGACAUCUCGCAGAUCUGCCGCAACCGGAUCACGGCCGUGUGCGACUUCCUCAACUACCUGCGCUACAUCCAGCAGGGCAUGGUCAAAGGCUCCGUGAUAGACAUCUACCGCGAGAUCAUGCGUCUGCGUCGCAACAUGGCCGUGGCGCGGCUCGGCUUCACCACCUGAGCGCCGCCCGCUCCGGGGCACGCUCGGGCGCGACCUGACCUGGCUCGCGGCCCUCCCGGCCCUCCCGGCCGGGCCCCGCAGUGUGACCCGGCCUCGACGCACUGCUUGACCUUGCCCGCCUCGCCGUCGUUUGCCGCCGGCGCCGCGUGAGACCGCACUGCGUGACCGCGGCUGCCGGCGUCCGCUAGGUGUAACUUGCAAGAGGGCGGCUGUCGACGGCUGGUGACGGACAGACGGGUGGCGUCGCUCGCCAGCGCUGCGAGCAGUGGAGGCGGGGUGGCCGGCGUGCUCGGGUCUGGCAGCGGCGGGCGGCGGAGGCGGGAUGGCCGGCGUACCCAGGCCUGGCAGCGGCGGGCGGCCCGGCGUGCCCAGGCCUGGCAGCGGCGGACGGUGCUGUUACCCCUCUAGGGUCGUCAGGAGGCUGUCGCUCAGUCGUAUCGAGCCACGCUUGGUCACCCGGCGCGUUUCCUCUUGGCCUGCUGGGGCGUGUGCGGCGGGACUCAUGCCUCUGG